GCCUUGUCUUGCCAUGUACAUAUAGUACAAAGAUAAGGAGAUAGUUAUUCUUAACUUACAGAACUCUCUCCCUCUCUCUAUUCCUCUUUCCUGAGCUCGUUGCAAACUACGAGCUACUAUAAUAUGAUACUGUACACUUUGAGCAUAAGCUCUCGUCGCUUUGCUUUGACUUCCCAAAAGGUCUCAUUCCAAUGAAUAUGUAUUCUAUAAAUUUAUGAUCAUUCUCUAAAGUAGUCAAUGUAGGACCCAUCUGACACUCUGUCGAGAGUUCCCUAGCUUCCACCCAUCUAUUUAUCUCCCUGUGUUACCCCAUUCUCAACAAACCUCUCUCUCUCUCUAUCGAAAACACAAAACUCAGUCUUCCAACCUUCAUCCAUUCGCUGGUUUUAUGAAUGGAUCAUUCAAGCGGCCACAGGAAGCUCAAGCCCAACCACUGGAGGACAUGGUGGACAUGAUUUCAUGUCCAAAAGUGCAGCAAGAAAACAGGAAGCCAAUGAGGCCACAGCCAGAGCAAGUCCUGAGAUGCCCAAGAUGUGAUUCUACCAACACCAAGUUCUGCUACUACAAUAACUACAGUCUCUCCCAGCCAAGGUUCUUUUGCAAGUCCUGUAGAAGGUAUUGGACUAAAGGGGGAACUCUAAGAAAUGUUCCUGUGGGUGGCUCUUGCAGGAAGAACAAAAGACCUUCACCUUCUACUUCAUCGUCUUCCUCUCCAUCUCCAUCUUCAAAGAGAUCACAUGAUCAGGCUGCCAAUUCUAGCUAUGCUAAGCUUCUAAAUCAAUCAAAUGGAAGGAUGGGUCUUUUUGAUACCCACAACAACUAUCAUAAUAUGUACAGUGGACUUGGUAAUGGAAGCUCUGGGGAGGUUGAACAUGCGUCUACAGAGACUGCUACAGCAAUGAAGCAAGAGUUGCUACCCAAUGGAGAUCAAAAUAUGGUUUCUUGGGGAUUUCCAUGGCAGUUCAACAAUGAGGAUGGAAAUUACAUGGGUGAUCUUGAUUCUGGAAGAGAAAGCUGGAGUUUCAAUGGAAAUGGAAUUGCUUCGUCUUGGCAUGGGCUUCUCAACAGUCCUCUAAUGUAAGUUUAGGAGUGGGUUUGUUUUGUGGUAGUGUGCGAAUUCCCUGUAAUAUUUUCAUCAUACCAAACCUUUGAUCUAGCUAUCAGUGUUCUGGUUACAGAAAGCAAAUUCAAACUUGGAUAAGCUCUCUUUUCACUUGUUUAUCUGUUCAUUCCAAUGUGAAUUUUUCGAGAUCUCGAUUACC